ACCACGUCAGAAAAAUUCCCAACAAAAGAAGCUUUAUUGGCAUGGGUUCGUGAAGUAUGUAAAAGAAUUGGAAUGGUGAUAAUGAUUGCGGGUUCGAGUGACGGGGAUAGAGGACGUAGGACACCGUAUGUGAUUGUUCGUUGUGAGCGUGGGGGCCAUUAUGUUGGCAAGAAGGUACCAGGUGAAGAUGAUCAAAGACCGGGAAAAAGGAGCACCGGUUCAAAGAAAUGCAAUUGUCCGUUUAAAUUGAAGGGGUUAAAAGAAUCCAAGGAUAAUGAAAAGGCUGAGUGGAAAUUGGAUGUUUAUAGUGGUAUUCACAACCACAACUUAUUCGAAAACUUGCACGGACACUCUUAUGCUGGAAGAUUAUCAAAGGAGGAUGUUUCCUUUGUUCACACUAUGAAGAAAGCAAUGGUGAAACCAAGGGCAAUUCUAAGAGCAUUGAAGCAAAAGGACCCGUCUAAUGUAACUGGUAUGAAGACAGUUUACAAUACUAUCUCUAAGUUAAAUUUCAGUGAAUUGGAUGGGAGAUCUCAAUUGCAAUCAUUGUUCGUCAAGUUGAAAGAAGAUGAAUACCUCUCGUACCAUAGAUCGAACGAGUUGAAUGCGAUUACCGACUUGUUUUGGAUCCACCCGAAAUGCAUUAAGUUGGCACAGUCGUAUCCGUACGUAUUCGUCAUCGAUUGCACGUACAAGACCAAUCGUUACGGACUCCCAUUUCUUGAGAUUGUGGGUUUUACUUGUACCAACAAGACGUUCUCAAUUGCCUUUGCAUACUUGGAUCACGAAAAGACGGAAAAUUUUGAAUGGGCGUUGCGUUGUUUGAAGGAGGCCAUGACCAGUUGUCCUCGGCCUAAUUGCAUUGUAACAGAUCGAGAUUUGGGUUUAAUGAAAGCAGUGGCCAAUGUGUAUCCAUCGAGUCAUCACUUGCUGUGUCGGUGGCAUGUGAACAAGAAUAUAGUGGCCAAUUGUAAGAAAUUGUUCCCAAAGGACAUCACCAAAUGGAAACAAUUUCAGUCGAGUUUUUCGGCUCUUAUUGAAAGAAAUACCAUAGAGGAGUUCAAUGAGGAUUGGGAGGAUUUGAAAAGAACAUUUAUCGGUUAUCUCCCGGCUAUAGAAUAUGUAGCUAAUUCAUGGUUGGAUCCGUACAAGGAGAGACUUGUAUCGGUGUGGACAAAUAAGUGUACUCAUUUUGGAACGUACACUUCUAAGUGUACCCUUCACCAACUCCAAAAUUUGUGAAAGUUGGACCUCCUUAUCGGUACCACCCCCUGGACGAGCUUCAUGUGGUCGAGGUCGAUCCGCCUGGGGUCGAGGUGGAUGGGCUCCAUGCCUACUCUGUUGUAACAUGCAUCUGGGUCGGAACCAAUUCAUGUAGUCCGGCGAAGUGUCCGCCUCCCCGAGUUCAACUUCAACGGACCUCGACUCCUCGUCCAGACAAUACUCCUCCCACCGAUCAGAGAAUCGUUCGCCGUACGCAACGAAAAUUGAGUUCUGGACCGGUCGACCUUUGCUAACUAGAGCUUUGUACAUAUCUUUUGACAUGUAUGCACGACCUGGAAUGAUUUGCACCCGGUUGAACUGCCUCAACACUCUGUCCGGAUGAUAUGCCUC